UAUAUUUUUAUCUUUUUCCAAGGAAUUCAUCUAUUUUAAAAUCUGUUUAAACACCAGGAACUUCUACCAAAAAUGUCAGAAGCAACCGAUUCAUCAACAAAUAAAAGAUCCCAUGAUGACGUACGAGAAAGCGGGGAUAGUGACGUAAAACGAUCAAGGUCAAGUUUCCAACAUGACCGAUUCCAUCAGGGUGGACGUGAACCGAGUGAUAAGAUCGAGUUACGUGUACUUAUCCCGUCCCACACGGCCGGAGCUAUUAUUGGCAAAGGCGGUGCGAAUAUACGUGAUCUCCGACAAGAGUUCAACGCGAACGUACAAGUCCCGGAUAGUCAUGGUUUUGAGCGGAUCGUUUCCGCAGUGGCAAAGACAAUAGAAGAUGCUGCGAACAUUUGUGGGAAGGUCGUGGAAGCGCUUAACGAGCGCAUGCACCAUCCAGAAAAAGUUGGUUGUCUUCGUAUGCUGGUACACAAGUCGCAAGCUGGUACCAUUAUCGGGCUCAAGGGCUCCAGGAUAAAGGAAUUGCGUGAGAUGACAGGGGCUAACAUUAAAGUAAACCAAGAGUGCUGUCCGGAGUCAACAGACCGUGUAUGUCAAGUUCGUGGCACGGCAGAUGUUGUUGUCAAAUGUGUGGCUCGUAUAUUGGAACACCUACAGCAGGCCCCACCAAAAGGUCCGAUCAAAAACUACGACCCGAAUUGCUUCGACGAUUCUUACGACUAUGGUGGUUAUGCUAACGAGAGAGGGAUGGAUGGCCCUCGUGGUGGGAGACGGGGCGGCCGUGGAGGCAGAGGAGGCUUUAGAAGCGGUGGAAGAUUCGAUCGUGGUGAGAAAUUCUCUGGUGGAUAUGGUGGUAUGAAACGAGGCGGAGGUCGGCAGAACUACGGUGGAGACGGCGGUGGAUUCGGUGGCUCAAGAUAUUCAGCUCCGAAGUCUGGUAGACGUUUGUAUGGCGGUUACGAUGAGGAUGGAUAUCAAGAUUAUGACGAUAAUUUUGACCCUUACCAAGAGAACUUAUACAACGAUAGCGGCGACGGCCAAACAGGCAACGGGGACCAGAAAACAACACAAGUUACUAUACCAACAUCGUGCGCAGCUUCUGUUAUUGGGAAGACGGGUCAAAGAAUUCGCCAAAUACGUGAAGACAGCGGGGCAGUGAUCGUAAUCGACGAAGCGGGUCCUGGUGAGGAAGAACGAGUUAUCUCAAUCACUGGCAACGAAGAACAAACACAAAACGCGCAGUUUCUUCUGCAGAAGAAUGCCGAGGAACCAAAAGACGAAUGAGGGUUGUAGCAUCGUAGCCGAAAGUGCAAAUUCUGCCUGGGUUUCAUUGUAUAUAAAGCGUGUCAUUACUUUUGUAUUGUCGUUGUUUCGGCAUAUAAUUCCGUAUAAGCUAGUUUGUGUUCUGUAUAUGUGUAAAAUAAACUUAAACCAUGUGUUUUUAUCAUCA